GGGUGAGUGUUGUUGACGGCAGGAGGAGGAAGAUGAAUAAUUACAUUACAGAGCUCAGUCCGGCGGGGAGAGAUCAUUUUAUCUGUAGAUAAAGUUUAUUUUAUCUCUAUAUCUAAUAACGCUCCUGUAGAGUAACGUGGAUUCUAGACUGAGGUCACGAUGCUGUAGGGGUAUUGUUGAUAAAGAUGUCCUGUGUGCUGGUUCAGCUUCGGUAGGAUGAUCAAAAGUCAGGAAGAUGAAUUCAUUGCCGUGAGGGUUCAGGAUCCUCGGGUAGUGAAUGAAGGAUCAUGGAACUCGUACGUGGACUUCAAGAUUUUUCUUCAUACUAACAGCAAGGCGUUCACAGCUAAAACCUCCUGUGUGCGCCGUCGAUACAGUGAGUUUGUGUGGCUGAAGAGGAAACUGCAAAAGAAUGCUGGCCUUGUACCUGUUCCUGACCUACCUGGAAAAUCAGUGUUUGCCUUUAACAACACAGACUUCAUCGAAAAAAGGAGAAAAGGUUUACAGAACUUCCUUGACAAGGUGGUUCACAUGACCGUGUGUCUGUCAGACAGCCAGCUUCAUCUGUUCCUGCAGACUCAGCUUCCUGUAGGCCACAUUGAGGACUGUGUACAGGGACACACUCCAUUCAGUGUUACUGACGCCAUUCUGACCUACGCCUCCUCCAAUCGCGGCUGGGCUCAAGAGGAAGAGGAUGGGUCGGUGGAGCCAUGCCCAGCUCCAAUUUCUUAUGAGUCAAUGGAAAGUAGCCCUUCUCCCCAUGUUCCCACUUUACAAUGUGAAGGGGCUUCUGGCGAGCCGACGGUGGACACUACUGACCUCAACACUGUGGAGCUAAGAGUGUGUGAAAUUGUUGCUACUGAACAUAAUACAGCUAACGGAGAUGGACCAGAACAAAGAAUAAAGGAGGAGAGCUGUAAUAACCUGGUGGUGGAGGUCCACCACUAUCAUGGUUCUCUUUUGGGAGACACUAAAGAAGAAGUUGAUCUCGUUGUGCCAGAGGAGACAACACAAACACAUGACAACACAGGAGAUUCCAGUAAAGAGAUAUCUUUGCAGGUACACAGUGCAGCAGACAGGUCUGAACCAAAACAUGUGGUCAGUAAUGAUACUUGGGUCAACAAUUUUUUGAACCACACUCAACCACAGUUCUGAGAAGCAGACAUGUUCACGACAAACACUUGGGUCAUAUAUUAACAUGCACUUCCUGCAACAAGACUCCUUUUAUUAAUCUUCAGCUCUUCCGUUUCUUGAGUCACUCUGUCAUUAGGGGCCAUUGAGGAGGACCAGAUUGAAGCCUGUUUUUAUAGAUUACUUGGUGUCUGAGUGAGAUAGACACAGAAAGUAAAAUAGCUUGAGAGAAUGAGGAGGAGAGCAGUCAGCAGUGCAAUGUUAUACAUGUUGAUGAGGACAGCUUUCACUGUUAAAUUAAGCUAAAGUGCUUUGAGGAACAUUUAAGAACAUGUGUUUAGAAUAAAAUGUUUCAUGAAGAUUCCUUAAAGCACAUUAAGCUUUCUUAAAGGUUCUUCAAAGCAGUUUCAAACUUAAGAACCCCUGAAUACUUUUAAUAGUGUUGCUCAGAAUAGAAAUGAAUAGUCAGUUUUGAGAUGAUAAGACGUGCACUAGGCAAUUGCAUUACAUUAUAUUUCAUGAUGGGGGUUAUAAUUAGAUAUAAUUUGUAAUAAGUAUUCUUUUGUAGUAACUGUUGCUAUGUUGGACAAGCACUACACAAUGCAAAAUAAGUAAUUGUAGCAUAUGUUUUCAUAUAAAUAUCUUAUUUUGAGUAUGUUAAUAAUUCAACCAAUACUGUGUAUAAAGGAUUGACUGCAAGGGUAGGCUGUGCAUAGUAAUCUUUCCCAUGUUGCUGUUAUCAAAACUAUUAACAGUGAGAGUUACACCUGAUAUACAGUAUACAUUAUAUAGCAUUUAAAUGUCAUAUCAGGAUUGUAAAGCACUACAUUUAUAUAUAUUGAUCUAUUUCCAACGUAAGUUAAGUUUUAAUAAUUUUAAUAAUGUUCUGUUAAGGCUUGUCCUUUUGUAAGAGUUACUACAAAGAAACAUAGGUAAGAAUAUAUUGAUGGAUCAGAUGCAGUACAGCUUGUGGGUACAUCACAAAUGACACAAAGAUUGACUGCAUUAAUGACAAUAUCUUGAUAAAUUAUUACCUUUUACUGCAUUACAUAAAUAUCUUGCCUCUUCAAAACACGCACAGAAAUGUUCCUCUGGAACUGUAAUUAAACUAGAGGCUCACAGCACACAUUAAAGUUGGAGUAAUGCUUAGUAAAUGACAUUGUACAACUAACUGCUCUACUCAGUCAACCAAUUAUCUAACCAGUCAGUCAUGUGGUUGCAUAAGUCACAUAAAAUUGCAAGCAUAAAAACACCAAACCACAACGCAUUUAACACAGAUACAAAUUUAGUCACUCAAACCACUUGAGAGGGUGGUCUGAGCCACAUUUAGUGCACAUGUUUUAUCAGUGUACAGUAAACAUAUUCCCCUCUUCAAGACACGUUCGAGAGCCAAACCCCUACCCCCACCCCCCCAGUACAACCAAAAUACCAGUAAUAAUUGCCACACCACAAACUAAUUUGCAUAACCUGUCCCACAUAGUGAUCAGGUUUCAGUCUGACUCAAGUGCAACUGAUGUAAAUACACUCUUCUCAAGCGUGAGAAGAAAGAUGUGUAGUUACACUAUCUGGAUGUCAGGUUACUGUUGGUCACUGUCACUGACAGAGAUUCCUACUGUGUAACUGUUGUGCUUUUCUGCAUUUAGAUUGUUGACUGCACUGAAAACUGCCCUUGGAAGAGACAUCAGAAAACUGCUGAGUGUAAAGAACAAUAUGGAUGAGUUGCCACAUGAAUUCAGGACAAAUAGGACUUUACACAAACCUAAACCUUGUUUUAUUUGCCUUUGGUUUAAGUAUUCGUUGAUCCAGGGACAUUAUGCAGUGUCAACAACUGCAAAACAUUUGUUUUGCAUCUGGAAUGGUCAGCUAUUGAUAAACAUUUAGAGCCAGUCAAUAGUUUAAAUGUAUUGCUUAUUGAGGGAAAAGGGUGAAAGUAUGAUCAUUUACGGAAUGAUUGGGUGUUGCUGAGCCACUGCAUUAAGGCAACGUUUAGACUGCAGGCAAGUCCGAUCUGGUUGGAUGAUUGUUAACUGCUAUUUGCAAGUGAUCAUAUCAGAUUUGCGUGUCCAGACAUCACAAAUAUAUCUGCAUGGUUUGCUGUGUUUAUGUUUUCAUUUGCAAAAGCAGAAACUAUGGAGGUGCCUUGUUUAAAGUAGGCAAGUCAGUUCACUCUGCAGCCAUCUUGGCAAUGCGGCUGGAAAGUUAUAUCCACUCAUACAAGACCGGCCAACUACCUGUUUGAAUAGGGAGAGACCAAAAUACUCAAAACUGAAGGUCUAAUUACUAUUUGAACAACAUAAUUUGCACCACUAUAAAAUGACCAAAUGUGACAAAAACCUCAUGAACAGUUUGUAACUUUGGAUCAAAAAUGCUUGUUGUGGCUGCUGCGCCUGAGCUGAUCACCACAGUGAGGUAGGCUUUUCCACCAGCACCUUGACUCUCCUUUACUCUCAGCACAAGCUGAUUGGUUAUUUUGUUAAAGAAUGGGACCUAUUAUGUAAACGCGCACCGUGAUUAGCAUUAGAGAAAUUCCAUUAAUUCAGCGGUCUCCUCAUUAAUAAGGUCUCUGCUUGUGAGUGACUGAAAAAGUUAUAUUAGAAUCUGAUUUGAGCAUCUAGAGCCUCCAGAAUGAGAUGCAUCUGUACAAAUCUAAUUAUAAUGACAUUUUAAAUCACUUCCAAAUUUGGAUUGAAUUUGGUUUGCAAAAAUGUGGUAUCUGGCUGUACAGAUACAAUACAGUGUAGAUAUGUUAUUAAUCAGAUUGGGGAUUUGCAGGCUGAACACAACCUUAAUAUGUACAGCCAAAAAUCUGAUUUCAGCAGACCAACAUUUGUCUGUCUUCUCUGGGGUUGCAUGGCUAGUAAUGAAGUUUAUAGAAAGGCAUCCAUCAUGUUUUUUGCACUCAGCUUAUUUUUUGUGUUUAUCCACAUAUACUUGUAUUGAUGUCUGCUUGUGUUGUACUACUGCAAGACUGGUUAUUUACUCUGGCUUAUUUGGAACUGUGAUUGAGUGUUAAUUAUGCACACUGUAAAAAAAAACUACAGCUAAAUUUAACAUAUAAUACAAAAUGUGUUAAGAAAUUGGUAACUAAGCAGUUAAUUUAGCAUUGCAGAUAUGAGCUAGCUGCUGGGGUGGGUUGGGCCUCAUCUUGUAACACAAGAAAGUCCAGUUAAACAUCUGUAUGCUAAUGUUGGUCUUCACAAGCUUUGGAAGAGGAGUGCACUGAUGGUUCUAUAUAUCUACUGUUAUCUUUGUUACUAUUACGCCAGUCUGUUAAACCAAACGAAUAUGCUAAGUCACUGUACAUCUAUCUGUAUAUGUUCCUAUAUUUACUGUGUUUCUUCAUCAGACUCAUUUGUCACAUGAUCAGAGCCACCCACACCAGUCUGUGAGAGUGUGUUCAUGAGCGCAGAUGAUUACAAGUCCCACUGAUGAAGGCUGCAGAACGAUUUUAAACUAGUAUAAACAGAUAAAUAGCCAGCACGCACAGGGUUCAGGGUGUUAAUAGGGACAGUUUAAAAUUGUUUUAAAAAGUUAUAAAGUUGCACUAAUCUUCUGGGAAUUAUUUUACUUUCUAAUAAUCUGUCUCACAAAUGCUGCUUAUAAUGUUGUUCACGGGAACAGGGAAACUCUGAUAAACAUAAAACACAUCAACAGUAAAGGGAAAGUUUUUUGGGGGGAUUUUUUUUGUUGUUCUCCACAUCAUGCUAAACAAGAUGGCUAUGACUUUAUAUUUAUUAUAUUGAUUUUAUCAGCUAGGUUUCUUUAAACGGUAUGCAGUGUUUUCUAUGGUUUACAGAGAUUUUCAGGAUGAGCUUUUAUGCAGGGAUGACGUAGAUGCAAUAUAGCACAUAUUUAGUUUUACAUAGCAGUUUAUUUAGAUAUUAUGUUUUUUACUUUUAGUUGAACUUUAGUUUAAAUACACGAAAGUAGUCCAUUUUAUUUUAUUAUGUUAAACCAGGAUCAAAAGGGCCAGACGUAUGCACAGACCCUCAAAGCUGUACAUGUAUGGAAUUAUUAAUGUACUUACUAAUGACAAAUAAAAACAAUUUGAAAAAAAGAAAAUGAAAAAAUAAA